AUGGCCGAGGACCGCAGAGGAGGGAAGGUCCAGACGGGAGAGGGCAAGGACGCCGGAGAGGUUCGAUACCGGGGAGUGAGGAGGCGGCCGUGGGGGAAGUUCGCGGCGGAGAUUCGCGACUCGAAUAGGCAUGGGCAGCGUGUUUGGCUCGGGACUUUCAACACUGCGGAAGAAGCCGCUAGAGCUUAUGACAGAGCUGCUUAUGCCAUGAGGGGAGGUCUGGCCAUUUUGAAUUUUCCUAACGAGUAUCCUUCCGGGACGACUGUUGGUUCUUCGUCGUCUUCGUCCUCGGCUUUUUCAUCUUCUUCGUCUUCAAUGCAAGCUGGGAAUCAAGUUCUGGAGCUGGAGUACUUGGAUGAUAGGCUGCUGGAGGAACUGCUUGAUUGUGAAGAAAUGAAGAGCAAGAAGAAGUGA